CACGUGCGUUUAUAGGCAUUAGGUAAUGUGAAGUCAGUGUUGGCUGAACUCAUCGGCUGAACUAGUGAACUUCUGAAGGGCUCACAAGAAAGAUUCGGCAAAGACGAUGCUUUCUUUAAGAAAGUUUACUCGGUUGUGUCAUAUUGCAUGCAGGCAUAGUAGUACACAGCCCCCCAAGACUGGUAUUAUGAUGCUAAAUUUGGGAGGCCCCGAGACCACUGAAGAUGUGCAUGACUUUUUAUUACGUCUGUUCUUGGACAAAGACUUAAUUCCAUUACCAGCUCAAAGCAAACUUGCCCCAUGGAUAGCAAAAAGGCGGACUCCAGUUAUUCAAGAAAGAUACAAAGAAAUAGGUGGAGGGUCACCAAUACGUAUGUGGACCGACAAGCAAGGGGAAGGAAUGGUGAGGCUGCUAGACAGUUUAAGCCCUGAAACAGGGCCUCAUAAGCAUUACAUUGGUUUCCGAUAUGCUCAUCCUUUAACAGAAGAUACAAUCGAUCAAAUGUACAAUGAUGGUAUUGAACAUGCUGUAGCAUUUACACAGUACCCACAAUAUUCUUGCUCUACAACUGGCAGUAGUCUUAAUGCAAUAUAUCGUUAUAUUGAAAAGUCAAGUCAUUUAAAGUCUGCCAUGAAGUGGUCUGUUAUUGAUAGAUGGCCCGUUCACAAGGGAUUAGUAAAAGCAUUUACUCAAGGCAUCGAAUCUGAGUUAAAGAAAUUUCCUAAGGAAGUUCGAGAUGAUGUUGUGAUACUGUUUUCUGCUCAUUCACUACCAAUGAGAGUUGUGAAUCGUGGUGAUCCUUAUCCUCAAGAAGUUUCUGCUACAGUUCAGUAUGUAAUGGAAGCAUUGAAUCAUUCAAAUCCCUAUCGUUUAGUUUGGCAAUCUAAAGUCGGACCUUUGCCUUGGUUAAGCCCACAAACUGAUGAUGUUAUAAAGGGUCUGACUAAGCGCGGGAAAAAGAACAUGCUACUUGUUCCAAUAGCAUUUACUUCUGAUCACAUUGAAACUCUUCAUGAGUUAGACAUUGAAUAUGCUGAGGACUUAGCAAAAGAAUGUGGAGUUGAAAACAUUAGGAGGGUUCCAUCGUUGAAUGAUAAUCCAUUAUUUAUUGAAAGUUUGGCUGAUAUUGUUUUCAAUCAUCUCAAGAAUGAAAAACAGUGCAGUCGCCAGUUGGCCCUCAGAUGCCCUCUGUGUGUUAACCAAACAUGCUUAAACAUGAGAAAUUUUUUUGUUCCACAAAAUAAAAACUAAUAGAAAUAAUUUAAUCAAAUUAAUAAAACUGUUUUUUGUUCAUUUCAGUUGUUUAUUCUUUCAGUAAGUGCAUUAA